AUGCGCGGCGUGGUGUCGUGUCGGGCGGCGCGGCCGGCCAUUGGCCGGGUGCGUGUGUGCGCGCUGACGCGUGUCGCGGCGGUGCGGGUCCCGAUUGCUGCAGCCGCUUGUCAGUGUGACGAAGAUUGGCACCCAGUGACCUACAUUCAGAAGAUGCUAUGGAUAGUGAGAAGUCCUCUAUUUGAAAAUAGCCCAGCAAGUUGAGGUGGGUGAAAACGCGUACCGAAAUUAUAGAAGAUAAACAGCAUGCGAAGAAAGGAAUACAAGAGUACAGUGUCUUCUCAGAACAGAAUUAAGAAGAUGCAAAAAUGAGAGAAGCCCAUUCCUUGGGGACACAGGUCUUUGACAGUUUAAGUGGUAAGAACUUCUGAUGUGUCAUCUGCCCCUUGAGGCAUCAAGACGAGGCAUAUCCGUUUGGACUGAAACUCCUUCUAACUCAACGAUGAUUGAAGCUUAUACCGCCUUGUAACUCCUCAAAGUAUCUUCCCUGCUCUUUUAGAGCUAGGUUUCAUGAACCAGAGGUGGCAUCUAUAUUGAGUGGCUCUUAGCAUUUUUUUUUUUUUCUGUGAACUUGUCUGAAAAACAUUACUUUUACACCACGCAUGGAUAAAUUUUGGUUCUCAAAUCCAAAUACCGACUUCAUUUCACUUCUAAAAAUGUUGGAGUUGCCUUCAUCCCAGUUCUUACGCAGUUGGCAAAACUGGCAAUACAGGAACUUUGUCUAUGUGAGAAACCGAGAUAAUCUUAUUCAAGAUCUCAGCUGUGUGUUUUAGCCAUCAGAUGAUUUCAGAUGGACUUUGUCCAACAUUAGCGUCUGGAGUUUCCCCUGAGGUUUCUGUCCUCUACAUUGUAUGUCGGUGAGAUUGCUGGAACAAAAUAAUGUCGUCUUCAACCCAUUGAAGGAAAGGGAAUAUUUGUUCAUACUUAUGAUGGUUUGACAUAAUUUAACGUUUUAUUGACCAUGAUGGCAACACAGACAUUAAGUAUAGACAACUAUCAAGAUGGACAACAGAUGCAAGUAGUAACAGAGUUAAAAACUGAACAAGAUCCCAACUGCUCUGAAACUGAUGCUGAAGGGGUGAGUCCUGCCCCUGUAGAAUCUCAAACUCCAAUGGAUGCAGACAAGCAGGCCAUUUACAGGCACCCACUAUUUCCCUUGUUAGCACUAUUAUUUGAAAAAUGUGAACAAUCUACACAGGGCUCAGAAGGCACAACUUCUGCUAGUUUUGAUGUAGAUAUUGAAAAUUUUGUAAGGAAGCAGGAGAAAGAAGGAAAACCCUUUUUCUGUGAAGAUCCAGAAACUGAUAAUUUGAUGGUAAAAGCAAUCCAAGUUCUACGUAUCCAUCUGCUUGAGCUAGAAAAGGUUAAUGAACUCUGCAAGGAUUUCUGUAGUCGUUAUAUUGCCUGCCUGAAGACAAAAAUGAACAGUGAAACUCUAUUAAGUGGAGAGCCUGGAAGUCCAUAUUCACCUGUGCAAUCUCAGCAAAUUCCAAGUGCCAUUGCAGGCACACUCAGUCCCCAAGGGAUUAUGGUGCCAGCAUCAGCAUUGCAGCAGGGAAAUGUAACUAUGGCAACAGUAGCAGGGGGCACAGUGUAUCAACCAGUCACUGUGGUCACUCCACAAGGUCAAGUGGUGACACAAGCACUGUCACCUGGGACUAUUCGGAUCCAGAACUCUCAGCUUCAGUUGCAAUUAAACCAAGAUCUAGGCAUCUUGCAUCAAGAUGAUGGCUCAUCAAAAAAUAAAAGAGGAGUUCUUCCCAAGCACGCUACAAAUGUGAUGAGAUCUUGGCUCUUUCAGCACAUAGGGCAUCCAUAUCCAACAGAGGAUGAAAAGAAACAGAUUGCAGCACAAACAAAUCUGACACUACUCCAGGUUAACAAUUGGUUUAUCAAUGCUAGAAGGCGAAUUCUUCAGCCAAUGUUGGAUUCCAGUUGUUCUGAAACUCCCAAAACAAAGAAGAAAACAGCUCAGAACCGACCGGUUCAGAGGUUCUGGCCUGACUCCAUUGCCUCAGGAGUUGCUCAGCAGCAAUCGAACGAGCUCACAAUGUCAGAUGGUGCUGUUGUAACAAUUACAGCUCCAGUCAACAUGAAUGUAGACAGUCUCCAAUCUUUGUCAUCCGAUGGUGCUACUUUGGCUGUUCAGCAAGUUAUGAUGGCAGGGCAAAGUGAGGAUGAGUCUGUAGACAGCGGUGAAGAUGAUGGAGGAGAUCUCUCAACAACAAAUAUCAGUGGGCUGGUCUUGGAUAACAGCGAUUCUCUGCAGUAGGAAGCAAGAGAGUGUGACAAAAUGUCUAGGAAAAAGAAUGGACUGACUGACUGACUGUUUUUAUAGUUUGCACAGCAAACAUUUUACACAAGUUUUAUUUCUAAUAUGUUUUAUAUGUAGAUAUAGAAGGGUGCACUUUUUUGUAUUUCAUAGUAAGCUUAAAGAGUGUUUUUGCAGGUGCAGCAACUUCUUUCAAAUGUGUUUUUUCAUUUAUUUUCCUUUUCUUAUUUCAGAAAAUUAUAUCUAGUAAUAUAAAGAACCACAUAAGCACCCCUUUGUUCUAUGAAUUGGAAGUGCUGCAAUUUCUAAAGAAUUCUGCAGUUUCGAUUAGUGCUGUUAUUUAACACAGCUCUUGAUGGGCAGGUGAUGUAAAUUUAAAGCAUGUGACACUAGCGUGUGGACUUGAUCAUUAAGUUAGAUGCAUAUAUUUGAAAGAUGCUUCUGCACCUUAAAAACUGCUAGUCUGAGGUGGACAGCAACACACACAAAAAAGAAAAUGUUGAUGUGUGAUUCAGUAGCGAAUGUAUGGCAAUUUAAAUAAGUUUAGUUUCUCUCAUAGUCCGUGAGCCUGUUUAUCAUUUGCUAUAAAAACUCCUAUUUUUACCUUGCCGGGGUUAUUGGAUAAAAAAUAUUUUUAUAAAUUCACUAGGAAUUGGGAUGACGACUGUAUUAAGCAGGAGGAAAAAAAAAAAAAAGAAUUUCCAGAGGGGAAAAAUAAAUGUUUAGUAUUCCUAUUUGGAAGGUCUGAAAACUGACCAAAUUUAAUAAACAAGCCUAUGCUAGCAUUCUAUGAUUCUCAGCUAUCCCACAGUGAUAUACUAUAUUUGAUAAUAGCAUAAGAAGGGCCCACUGUUUGAUGGGAUUUUGAUAUUGUCAAACAUUGAUUUAUAUUAUGUGUAAACUAAUAUUCAAAUUACGUUAACUCUGUAUCUAGACUUGUAUCUGAAGAUAUUUGCUAAAUGAGUAUUCAGGUAAGUAAAUUCAAAUACCCACAACUUUUCCAGUUAUUAGAGAAAUUUAACAGUUUAUAGUUUGUACAACUGAAUCUGAAAAAUGAAAAGCUGCCUACUAUACAGUCAUGAAUUCUGCUAUUUCUCUGCUAUUUUAUUGCAUUUGAAAUAUUUUCCCCUAUACAAAAAUAUAACUUAUGGAUUUAUAUAAAAUUUCUUCAGAUCUGAAGGUUACUACCGGAAUAUACAGCAGGCUUUAUUAGAGUAGAAAAUCCUUGUGUGUCGUUUAAAAACUAAGAGCUAAUGAUGAAAACACUUAUUUUUGUGGUAAGAGUUCAUUUCUUUUUUUCCCCAAAGUUUGGACUCUGUCUGCUUAUCCAUGAACACUUACUUUUGGAACUUUUGUAUUUCCCCAUGUUAAGUACAAGUAACAGACUCCACGAGUCUCAUGGUGAGAUCAAUGUCUUCUGUUCCCCCUGUCCAUUUGUGACAAUGUUUUGAGUUAGAUCAAAGCCAGAACAUCCUUCUGAUUUAGGGCAAAUCUAGUUGCAUUUCUAAUGUGACACGGAAAAAGAUGUUAGCUUUUAGAAUCUUUAGACAUUGUAUUUGAACAAAGCCCUUUGACAGAUGCAAAUAUUUAAUUGAAUACUUAAUUUCUGCUUCAGAAAACACUCAGGCAUGUGCUUAGGUCCCAUUGAUUUCAGUAGGAUUAACGCAUGUACUUAACAUGCUUAAAUGGUUGGAAGGUGGUCUUUAAAGGUUGUCUUCCAAGGCAAAUAUAAGUUGAUAUGAAGAAAAACUUCGGAAAGAAAUGUCAGUAGCAUUGGCAUACAGACAUGGAGAAUAAUACUAGUUUUCAGUGACUAGUAGCUGUUUUGAAAAAUUGGCGUUGGGUUUUGCUCAACACAAGUGGUGUUUCUGCUAUGGCUUUCGCUUAUUCCUGGCUGAGGAUCUUGCUUCUUAGUUCAAAUGCUGUAAUGAUCUACUCCAGCUGGAGUGGUAAUUUCUAAAGAAUGUGUUUUCUUCUAACUUCUCUGCUUUGCCACUGAUGUGCCAUGUUUGUUAAAGAGCAUAGUAGAUGAAUGAUGAAAGAUUUAAUUAGGAGGGCGUUGACAUAGCAUAACUAUCUCAAAAGCUAUUGUCAAAUUCAGUUUGACCCCAAAACAUUUCAAAAGACAGCUAUCAUAUACAAAUCAUGCUCUUCUGGAAACAUUUGACCUACUGCUUCUACAAAGGAUACCUGAGAUGACUAGAACUGAGAGACAGAUUCUGUAUUUUUCUUUUUAGUUAUUUUUCAUUUAAUUCCAUAAGUGCUUCAUCACCCCCACAGUUUCCAUUACGUAGUUUUACGUAGGUUUUAUUUGUUGGUUUGGGAUUUUUAUUCAGCUACCCUUGUUCAUAUUUAAUAAUGCAUUAAUUGUUGUCCUUCUGGAAUGUAGGCAGAUGAAUAGUCUACUUCUCAGUGUGUACAGGCCUAUGGACAAAUACAUGCUUUUCCAAAUCAACCUAUGCUGGAGAAACAGGCCAUUUCUCACUGUCUCCUUUUCCUCCCUGACCAGUUGUUGCUGCCUUGGAUAUACCAGCAGAGCUUUCCCCAGUGUGCCCUGAGGUAGUCUAGGAAGCAGCUGAGCCAGCAGAUCUGUUGGGGCAGCGAGUAGCCAGCAGUGAAGGGAAGGGUAAACCAAAAUGGGCAAAGAACUUGUGUGGUUUGGAGAUAAUGUGGCAGUGGGCAUUUGCCCCCACUUCAAAACUAUGAGAAUUGAGAUCUUAAAAAGAGAGAGGGUAUACAGCUGGCUGGAAGAGGAUCCAGGAAUACGUAGUUUGUGCGCCACUUGGAACUCAAUUGGAAAGAACCAGGCAUCAGGGUUUGAAAACUUCUGAAAGUUUAUUUUUCAGAAAGAAAUCACUACCUGGUUAGCUUUUUCUAUUCCCCCCACCUUACAUGCAGAAGUACUGUGAAAGGGAGAACGUGGAAUAGUUUUACUGUCAAAUUAGAAACAUAAAAACAUAGGGACGUGAAUUCCUAAAACUGAAAAGGCUUUACCAAUGUAGUCAAAGGUAUUGCUUAAUAUAUGGAACUCAAACCUUGUCUUUUAACUCAGUGAGAAUUCUGUAGUGGGUAUGAGCUGCACAGAAGUGCUUGCUCUUCUCACGAUUUAAAAAAAAAAAAAAAAAAAAAAAAAAAAACACAAAAAAACCCCGAACACCCAAAUGAAAAAAAAGCAGUAUCCUUCUUUUUUUGCUGUGUAAAAAAGAUUGCUGGUUUAAGUAAAGCAUCACUAUCCAGGAAAGGUACGUGUUUACAUUAGUUAAAAUGUUUUUAUAGGGGACCUAAUUUUAAACCCAUAUAUAAUUACCAUACCCUCACCCCCACCCCACCUCCUGACCCCAAUUAAAGUCAUGGUCAUAUGCAAUAGAACUAAUUUGUUUUUUUUAAAUCAAUGUAAUUCUUCUGCAGUUAUGAUUAUUGAAACUUUUAAAAUGUUUUCAAUGUAAUCUUGAUCAUUAACCCAAAACGGGGUUCUCAGGCCAAUUUUUCCAAGAUUUCUGUAACAGGCAAUGCAAUUUCCUGUUGUUCUUUAACUUUAGAAACAUUGCGGGUUUUGUAAAUCAAUUCCAAAUUGAUCAGGAUAUAUUUUUAAAUGACUGUUCCAAAAAAAAUAAUCAUGUUGAAAGACAUUUAUAAUUGACAGGCAUGGCUCUGGCCCUGCAGAGAAUUUCCUAGAUCUGGAUAUUGGGUCAAAGUGGAGUCCUGCUGACCUCGGGGAAACUCCGUGAGGCUGCAUGUCGGGCUGCAUUUACCUGCAAAAGAAUCAGUUCCUUGUUCUGGUCCCUGAUCACUAUUAGGAACUUUUUGGAGAGCCCUCAACUUUAUCUUCCCUGCAUACCGAGGUUUUCUUCCAGUGGAAACCACGGUAUAGACGAAGGGCUUAGAAUGGCAGGAAUUUGUGUUGACCUGGUGUGCACCACCUAUCGUUUUGAUGCUCAAAAAUAUGGCCAGGAGGCAGACCUACACUGAGGAAUUAGUUCCCGGUUCCCGUUCUUAGAAAGUAGCUUCAGGUUUAUGAAUAUUCUAGUGGAGUAGGGCCACAAAGACAAUGCAUGAAUAAUGUAUCUAUUCAUUUCUCUAAUCACAUGGAAAAAGAAUUAGAAGGCAGUUCCGCUUCCUGACUUCAUGAACUUGACAGCCCAGAGGAUGAAACAAAGCCUUUCCAAGGGAUGGUAGUUUCAUAAAACCAUUAGACUUGUAGCACUUAAACAAACAAAAAAACCCCCACAACAUCCUGGUAUUUUGAAAAAUCGGAACACGUGCAUUUAAUUGUAAUUAAAGUUGGUUGAAGAUAUAUUUUCUGAAGCUGAGUCGUCUUGGGAGAAAAAAAAUGAAUAAGUAUUUGUCUAUGCAAGACAUAAAUGUCAAAAAUGUGUGAAUUACCCAUUCUUAGGUGCUGUAUUGUUACUGUCUUUGACUUCUGUUACUUUGAUUAGUCUUUUAAACCUUUCAGCCUUAUAUUCAGCUUAGUUUUUAGAGUUGAAUAGGCAAAAUGUAGUUUUGAAAUCCUGUUGGAAAUGUAACUAACCUUCAUUCCCUCAUGGAAGUCUCGCAUGUUAAACAAUUGAGUGAAAUGUUUUGGUUUCCUAAUAAUAAAUUCAAACUCUCUCCACCUCCAAAAAACAGAGCAUAUCCAUGAAAAUGCAGGUUUAAUUGUAGCGUGCAAAUGAUCAAAUCAUCAGCCUUGUGCUGAGUACACUUUGCUCUUCACUGUUCAGUGUAGCUGAACAGUAAAGCAGGUUGGUUUUGCCAAACUCAAGCUCAGUGUGGGUUCCUUCCCUCCCCACCCUUGGCUUGCUAACCUCCUUCAAAUAGGUUUUGGGUUGUUUAAUUUUUAGGUCCUAAAAGUAACUUGAUCAUCCAGUGUAAAGCGUAGUGAAAUUGGCACUAAUGUGCUUUUAAGUGGUUACCUAAAUCAUGUUAUUUGUUAAUUCUUGUCACCUGGAAAUAUAAAAAUCUGUUCCUUUUCUGUGACUUGGUUCUUUAGGACCUGCUGAGUGAUCACAGCUGGUUUUGCCAGAGAAAAGCAAGGUGCGAGAAAGCAGUGAAAUGCCUUACCAACCUUGUAGGCUACUACAAAGAUACUGACUUCGUGUUAAUAGAAUCCAGUGUUUUCGGGUCGUGACAGAAGUCGCUCGUAAAUCUUUCCCUGGGUUAGCAACAUUUGGUCUGUACAAUUGACAAUCUUUAAAAUGUGAACCCUGUAACUUUUUUUUUUCCUUGGUUGUUAAGGGAUUUUGAAGCAACUGAUCUAUCAAGGGAUAAAAUUAAAAAUCAGAAUAUGG